AUGCCACCCUCAGAGCCAGUGCACCCAUUCUCCGUCAGACACAUAGAGAACUUCAAACCUGAACCCCUCGCUUCCGACGCAAGUUGGGAUCCGUUCCAGCUCGAGCACCACCUGGAAAGCCGACUCCUUCGAUUGGAUGAAUCGGCACAAGGACCUCUCCCCGCGCUCAUAACCGACGUUUUUCAAUUGAAUUUUGAGGAUGUGUCUCUACAGGACCUGUCAGCAUCGUCCGAGGUCACGUCCGACUCCGAGAAUGAUCAAUUCGAGAGCCUGGACGGCGACAGCGUGCAAGAGGAAUGGGUUGACGUUUGGAUCUUACCAGAUAUCCAGAAGAGAAGAGAGGGACAACUGAUAAGUUGGGACAAAUUUCUGGAUGAACGACACCAAGAACCUGCAUCAGCAUAUGUCAGCGAGACGGAUCCUGGGGUGUUCAACUCCAUCCUCGAUCCAAACGGGCAAAGUCCCCCAACAUUUAUCAAGUCGGACAUCCUUUUGAGCGCCUUGUUCGAGUUGUGCAUGGGGCGAGACUCUGUUCUGUUCAGGUGGGAGGAGAAGGACCGUACAUUUGUUACCCGGUGGCAACUUCUGUCGGCACGGGGGUACAGUUCGACUCUAGUGCAGAGUUGCUCUGAGGCCUUCUCGACCAUUGGGAUAGACACCAGGUUCCUUACAAGCGCUUUUCAAGCCUUGGACAACAAAUAUGCUCUUCUCUCUUCCGCUCAAAUAGCUCUCCUGUCUACCUCCAGGUCCAUGCUCUAUGCUGUCCACAAGCACCUUGUCGAAUUGAGACCAAGCAUUGCGUCGAUACUCCAACUCAAAGGCAUUAUGGGAAAGGUCAAGAUAGUUGUUGACAUGCUGAAACAAUGUAUCGACGCAAUUCAAACACAUCAAAAGGAAGACUUGGUCAUCCUUGGCUUAAUGCAAAAAGUCGCUGGGCCACCUCUCGAUCACCCUGGCACAACUGGACUGUUGCAAAUCCUCCUCUCACGGACAUGCCGGCCGAUCCUGGCCCUUCUGAGCGAACAGAUAGGACUCAGCUCAACACAACGUGGAAAUUUCAGAGGCACUUUCGAUGAGCUUUCGCUCGUCAAUGAUAGGGUGUGGGAAGUUCUUGUUGAUUCAAAGAUCGCACGUACAAUAUCCGAGGCCCAGAAGAGCCUGGAGAUAUUGACCAGUCACUCUGCGGACGAUUCCAUCUUUUCCACUGUUGUACCCGAAUCUUCACCACUAAAGGAACUCGAGGUUGGGUUUACUCUGCUGGUUAUUUCAGAACUUCAGGCUCGUGCUAUCGCCUACGAAGAGGCUAUGAAAUCGUUGAUAUCGUCCGCGGAAUCUUCAACAUCUACAAGUUCCAUCGACACCCCUGCCUCUGAAAGCUUCGAUCUCGAGGACUCUGUCAGCAUGCAAGCAGAGACCACCAGUGCCUUUCGAUUACAAACCAACAUUUUCGACGACAGCAUUUAUGGUUUGAAUGAGAGCAACUACGACGAACUCGAAGAUCAAGUCUUGAUGUAUCUCGAGGGACAAGAACCCGAAAACUUGCCUCUUCAGCUGGACUUGCAAACCUCGCUCAGUUUAUCGAUCACGCCCCUCGUCUCCGCCCAACACAGGCUGCUCUCCUAUUCUGUUCUGCGAUUGCUGUUCCAACAACACAAUCUCCUCGGCCACCUCAAUCUGCAGAAGGAUUUCCAUCUGCUCGGAAGUGCCUUUUUCUCAUCUCGUCUCAGCAUAGCUCUGUUUGAUCCUGACCAGAACAGCGGUGAGGGCAACAGGAGAACGAGUGCCGUUACUGGGCUUCGUUUACAUGUACGAGACACGUGGCCACCUGCGGGCUCGGAAUUGAGAUUGGUGCUCAUGAGCAUCCUCUCAGACAGUCUCAGUCCAGCAGAUCGCGCUUUGGACGAUUCUAUGUCUUUUGCAAUCCGCGAUUUGCCGGUCGAGGAGCUCGAAAGAUGUCGAGACGUUGAUUCGAUUCACGCACUUGACUUCCUUCGACUUCAAUAUACGGCACCCAAUGAAAUUCUAGGGGCAGUCAUCACGCCAGAGAUCCUGGACAGAUAUGAUCGAAUCUUUCAGCAUCUCUUGCGUACGUUGCGAAUACAAGCCGCAGCACAAAGUAUGCUAAGAGAAGGGUUUGGUCGCCAACCAGAGAAGACACCCAAGAGCAGUCUCUCCGAUCACAAGUUUGUUGUUACGAUGCACCAUUUCAUCUCAAGUAUUGCAGAUUACUACCACAAUACCGCGAUUGAGGUGCAUUGGAGGAAGUUUCAGGCAGUGCUUCGGGCCGCCAAGGCACACCUCGAUAACAAAGACUACGGUCAGACCUUGCUCGUGGUGAAGAGUCUGGACCACCUACGAGCAUUGCACGCGAGAACGUUGAACAAGAUCUUGACGGCCCUCCUGUUGAAACGAAAUCAAGCCAAGUCGAGGCAGAUACUGGAAGACAUCUACGGAGUCAUACUUCACGCCGCAGCCGAACGGCGCAGAAGUGUUGGCAAGAAUCCCGGAUUGACGGACUAUGCUACGACUGAUGAGACAACGAUGAGACGACUACAGAAAGACUUUGAAAGCAAAGUUGCAAUAUUCAUCGACACCUUGCGUGUUCAGGCGCAAUCAGUUGGAAAACCGCACGGAAGAAAACACGCUGCUGGCAUUGAUACCGACGUCGACGCCGAUGCCGAUGCCGACGCUGAUGACGACGACGCAGAUGUCAACAUGUUUGAGUAUCUCCUGUUGAGAUUGGACAUGUUUGGGUACUGGACGAAAUAG